AGUUCGGUCACGCGAAAAAAAUGUGAAUUUGUGAUUAAAUUUUUCAUUGUUUUAACUAAGCUAUUUAGUUUAAAAUUGUGAUAAUUUAGCGAACGGACUGUGGAAGAUGUGUCCUAUAGGUUAUGUGAGCGUGAUGGAGUGAGUUUUGGGGGGAAAUCAAGAGUUGUUCGCGACGCACGUACAGUGUUGUUAAAAAAGUGUGUUUUUUUGUAUCAAAUGUCCGUCAUAGAUAUACACCAAAAUGGAUCAAAACAUGGCCGAAUUGGAUCCGCUCAGCACAUAUGACUACCCCCCUACGGUUACCAGCAUCUACACUACCCAUACUCUUACGAGAUAAAGUUAGAGCAGCCACUAGCCCACUAUGCUAACCUAGCCGCUAACAUUCAGAACCAAACGCAGCCAGUCAUCGAUAUACCUCCUGUAGCUCAAGAAACUAUAAAAGAUACUAGUAUAACUAAUACAAGUAACGCAGAAACUGUACAAGAAGCUACAAAUGUCCAAACACAAGAAAAGGAAGAAAAACCAGUCUUUGAUUUAAAUAAAGUUAAAAAAGAAGGUGGUAAGAAAAGUAACUACUGGUCACAAAAGAUUACAGAUGAAAAUUUCCCGUUCUACGCCUGCGCGCUAUGUAAUGUUAGCUAUAAACUACUAAGGGACUUGGAUUCGCACUUAGUUGACCAUAAAGAGAGAUUAACUAGCUAUGAUUUGCGGAUGAAGAAUAAACAAAAGAAGAAACAGUUGAAAAAAGAACAAAAGAAGUUGAAAAAGUUGAAAAAAGAGGUGAAAACGGAGGAGAUAGAGAUAAAACCUGAAGAUGGUUAUAUUGGGAAUGAAAAAGCGACUGAUUUUGUUGAAAAUACAGUAGCUCCGGAUAAUGUUACCCAAAGUAAAAAUGAUAAUAUAAAUGUAAAUGUAAAUAAUGAAAUUGUAAGUAAAGUAGAUAAUGUAAAUAAUGUAAAAAGCGCAGAAACGGAAAAGGAAGUGGAGUACAAUAAGGAUUUGGAGAAGAUCUACAAAUGUUCCGCUUGUAAUAAGCAGUUCUCGUUGAGUUAUUACUUGAAGUUGCAUGUUAGAUCUCACACGGACGAAAAGCCAUACACCUGCGCAGAAUGCGGGCAGUCGUUCAUAACGGCGAGCAAACUGGGCCGUCACAACAAGCGGAUACACCUGGCCAUCAAGUACCAAUGCCGGAUAUGCUACAAGAUAUUCACCAGGUUCGAGUACCUUACGCGCCAUUUUGAUAAGAAACACGCUGAAGACAAGUUGGAAGGCGAGCCUUAUGACUAUAACGCCAUCUUGCCCUACCUAAAAGAACUAGAAGAGCAACUUCGAGAGAAGGCCGAAGCAGAGAACAAACCCAAAACAGAAGAACUAUGGAGCGACUGGCCCGAGAUGGACCAGACACUGAUGCAGGAUAGAAAUGACACGGAUGAGAAGAAAGACUUCGCUAUGAACCAUCUCGAUAUUGUCAUGGACGAGGUUAAGGUGCCGGUAGAAACGAUGGAGACAGGGACGGAGAUAGAGAUAAAGCUGGAGAAAGAACAGGACAACGAUAUGGGGGUCGACAACGACGAUUUGCCCGACAACGACCACCACGACGGUGUUAAGGACGAAAGUUUCUCCGACGAGGACUACUUCCCGUCCAACACGUGGGCGGAGCCGCCCCGCAUGGAGGGCGCGCCUCCCUCGCCGCCCGCGCGCGGCCGCCGCGCCCAGGGGGCCGGCCCCCUCACCUGCAGCAUCUGCGACAAGAAGAUCAGCACGCACUCCUACAUGCGCAUACAUCUCCGCACUCACACGGGAGAGAAACCGUACAAGUGCUAUAUCUGUAGUAGAGGGUUCAUAACGUCCAGUAAAAUGCAUAGGCACGUGCUGACACACUCUGAGUCGUUUGACAAAGAUGGUGUGAAAAUAGAAGCAGACGUCAAACAAGAGGGGGAGGAAGCGAUAAAAGAGGAAGAAGGCGAUACGGGCACGAAGUAA